CAUCCGGGUGGUUAUUGGAAAAUUUGGCGGUUGGACUUCUGCGGUUCUCGCUCCCGACCGUAAAAUAAGUACAACUUAUUUGAACAAUUCUGAACUUAAACGUGACUAAAAGUGGAACUGGUGUUGUAAGAUUUGUAACUGAUCACAGGCAGGGCUUAUUAUGUCGACAGCAGUUUAUUAAAUGUACGCUGACAAACUCAAAACAAGGUCGGAAGUAAGAGCUAGCAGUAAACUUUGUAGCUAGCCGCCGAAGCUAGCUGGCUAGCUUGUUUGAUAUUAGCCAGGCUGGGUUUUUGAGCACCGGGCAUCCGCUCACUGCUUCUUCCCACUCGGAACAAUGGCGAACCCGGCACUGUUACAGAAAAAGAACGGGAAAUAUCUAUGGUUUGCUCUUCUCGGGCUGGGAUUUGAGCCAAACACGGCUAUAACGUUACUCGUCGGCAAAACCAACCCAAAAUACAUCAACCUGGGACCGAAUAUGUUUGACAAACCAAACAAGGAUGCCUUCUACAUAGUAACUCAUUUUCUUUUGGAGAAACUCAACCCGACACGAUUUCAUGAGGCAUUCAGACAUUGCUGGCCUGUUUUGACUCCUAAAGAAGAUGCUGAGUUCCGAAAAGUUGCCUGCGCUUGGCUGCGAGAAAUAAUGGAUGAAACUGCAAAUGCAGGAUCCAAAGUGGUCGCAUCCUUGUUCCUCUCACCUGGAGGCCACAGGUUUAUCAGCUUGAUGCUGCAUUUGGCCAGUCACGUCAUGCUACAGGACAUGAAGACAUUCACCACAGAUGACUGCUGGGUUCCUGAGGCUGCAGCGAUGCCGGCUUCCUCCCUGGACAUGGCAGCAAGGAGUCUGGACCUGAUCCAGGCCAGGUUUUUGAAAACUGCGGUAGAGCAGGAUCGUUUUCUCCAGGACUACCAGAGACAAGCCCAGGCCCUGGGAAAGUCCCUGAAAGACAUCAGAGCAGACAGUGCCAAGUAUGAUGAGCUACUCAAGCGUCACAGUAGUGAUUCUGUUCAGGAGGGAGCCUCUUCGGCUGAGAAGACCAAAAAGGUACGCUCGUUGUGGUCGGCCAUUGAUGGAAUGCUGUCCUCUAUCAAAGAGGAGCAGCAUUCAAUGGAAAGUGUUCUGAAAGGAGACGUGGACCAAAACACUCUUGAUGGGACGGACCAGGUCCUCAAAAUUCCCCGCUGCCUGCUGGAGAGAAUUGAAAAGCUCCCACAUCAGUUGAGUUCAGGGAAUGUGUAUGAAGCUGGCCAGCUGAACCUUCUGUGUGUGUUUGAGCUGGUGAACCACGCGCUGCAGCUCCUGAGGGAGGAGCGCUGUCGAGUCUCCCAUGCCCCCAGGCCAGAGCUCAAUCCUCAAGACCUGCAGGAGAAAUGUCAGCAGAUGGCCCGUGUGCUGCAGGACCUUAACCUCAUCAGACAGAAGAUUUCCAAGGAAGAAAUUCCUGAGGUCAGCAGUGGCAUCAGAGAGUUGGAGGCGGAGUGGGACAGGAAGUGGAUGGAUAUACUGAAAGACACACCCCUAGUCUCUUUUCUGAAUGAAGAUCCUGCUCUUGGCUUCCUCUCACCAAUGAUUCGACUGUCGUUUGAACCGGCAGAUGAAGCUAGUUAUGGAAGUAGUGUCUUCUCUCAGUAUCCUGCUAAACUUCUUGAGGAGAAGCCUGCAGAGAAUAAAUCACAGGAAGGCAUCAGCUAUAAAUUGAACCUCAAAAGUCCUGGCCCAGCAUCAGCUGAGACAACUGAACGUCCUGUUGUCACCACUGAAUCAUCAUCAUCACAAGCAAAUACCACUGUUGAUUGGCUUUUCGACACACCUCCAUCCCCUCCUCUGAAGUCUCCAUCAGUACCACCUAAGGCCAGUGUGAGGAAGACAGCCCGUGUUUGCCCGAAGGUGGCUCCCACAAGGACCAAGACUCAGAAAAUGGACAUGGAAUGUGAUAAUCUAAGUGACCAGGCCAGUGUGAGGAAGACGGCCCGUGUUUGCCCGAAGGUGACUCCCACGAGGACCAAGACUCAGAUAUUAGAUAUGGAAUGUGAUAACCUAGCAGAUCAGUUUGCAGAUGCUGUAACUGCAACCACUCCCACAGAAGGUAGGGUCAAAGGUUUGGACUUGGAGGGUCUUCUCAGCACUCUACAAGGAGAUCCUUUCUCUACUAGGAAGCAGCUGCCUCGUACACCUGAGAGUUUGAUUCUGGAUGUGAAGAACUCCUGGCGAAAGGCAGUUGAGGAAGACAAAGCUGAGAAAAUCCGGCGGUUUAACGACAGCCUCACAGGACGGCUCACACCUCUCCAAGAGAUUCAUAAUGUGUUGCAGAGUCCCUCUGCACCCGCCCAGAGUGCCUCCUGCAAUCUCACCCCAACUGUCACGAGGCACAGAAGCCCCCCCGUCAGCCAGCAGGGGGUCUUACUCAAGUCCACUUUGUUGUGGGACACCUUCAGCAAGGAGACCCUAGACAGCCCGAGCGGCACGGGCAGCAGCGCCAUCCAGUUCAGCCUGGACAACGAAACUCUUCCUGAACUGCCGAGCUGCGACAGUCUGCUGAGCCUCGAUGACGAAGAUGUGGAUGUGAAGAGCGAGGAGGAUGAUGACGAGCUCCUCAUCCCCUCCUUGAAGACUGAGGCGAUGCAGUCGCCAUUAAGCACACGCCGUCAUCAUUUGGGUCAGAUCCAGCAGGGGUGUGAUGUUGGUUCCUUCAUGGAAAACAUGAAGAGGACACCUGAGUGCCUUUUAUUGGAUCACAGUGCUCCCAGUUUGGACAGAGACUGGCUAACGGAGCCUGCAAAGUCAGUGGAAGCCACCGACAAGGCCUUCUCACUGGAUCUAGACGCACUAGAGACACCUUCACCCCCAAAGAAGCAAGAAUACAGCCUCCCCAAACUGAUCACAUUCUCCCCAAUAGAUGACAUGAAGUGCUAGUGGCAUGCAUAGAGAUCCCUUUUAAGCGAUGCCUGCACUGUUAAGGAUGUAGUGUUUUCUUUGCCAAAUUUUAUUGGUUUUAAUUUAAAAUAUUAAGACAUGAACUGCUUGAAUAAAAUUGUAAAAUAUGGUUUAUGUGUACAUAAUUAACUUUGCUAACUUGAAAGUGUGGUAUGUGUGUGUAGGAGAGCGACAUCGUACUGUGAUUCCUGUUUCUAGGAUCUGCUCAUUCACUGAGUUCACUGUAUUCAUGAAAAUGCAAGUGCCCUGUUAAUAUUGACACUGCACUAUUAGCAUGGCUUCUGUACUAACCACUCAAUGUCUUUAAUUUGUUUUUGUUAAAUGAAAAUGUCUUUGUAGGUAUGUGACAAGUCUGAGAGGAAUAAAGGUCAGUGAGAUUGA